CGAGAAACGAUUUGGCAGGCGCCGCUCUCGCCGCGACAGACAGCCGCCGCACGCGAGACACGUGUGCAAGCAAGCAGCGUGUGAGUGAAAACCGCAACAACGUGUGCGCACAGUUUGUCGCCGUCCGCUAGCCAUGGAGCCCGCUGGUGACUGCUUUGUACCUGGAGGUUUCUUCAGCGUGACGAACGGCUGGAAAAAGCGCUUCGGCAACGUCAAAAUACCCACGGAAGCGCAGCUCGAAGAACACAUGGUGUCGAGCGGAGCGCGCUUCGCGCGACAGCAAAUGAAAGGAACGAUGUUCCAAGAAGAAGGAUACGUGCGCAACGUCAUGUACAACGACGUGUCAGCAGAAUCCACGUGCGGACUUUUGCGUAGUACCUGCCUACCGUCAAUGAAAGGCGGCUAUUACAUCGUGCACGCCGCGAUUUCCAAGGCGUCGGGCUCCAUCCUGGCUGGUCAUUGCCUCUGCCCCGCAGGCCUGAGCGGCACAUGCCAACAUUUUGUUGGGUUAAUCCUUCAUGCCAUUCACUUGGCGCAAAAGGAUGCGGCAACGUGCACGGAAGUUCCAUGUGCUUGGAUUGUUCCUGCCCAAGUCAAAAAGCAUGAGCCACCUCUGCCUCUGCAAGACAUCACUUUUCACACAAGGAAACAUGAAGGUGCGAAAAGGCGGCGGUUUGAUCCACUGCCAGGGCUCUCACCGAGUGACCCAUCUCUGCUUGCUGCCGAUCUCGAAAAGGUGGCAGCAAACUGCCUGCUUCUCCGUUAUAUGAGCAAAGAAAACUCAGGAGAAUCACUUGAUGAACACAGUCCCAGUGAAGUGGCACCAGAAGCUUCAGACACUCCACUGGUCCCAGACAUUGAAGACAUCCACAGUGAGACCUGUCAAAGACUCAUACAAGAGAGGUUUGAUGCUAUACAGGCCCUCUCGGUGGACAGCAGAGCAGUUGUUCUCGAGUCGACGAUUGGACAGGCCGCAAAUCCAACCUGGCACAUGGAGCGGAUUGGUCGGCUAACUGCCUCAAUGUUUAAAAGAAUUGUGCGGUGCCGGAAACCUGACAGUAUUGUUAAAGAGAUACUUUACCCGCGGAGCUAUAAAACUGAAGCCAUGCACUAUGGAAAUGUGCACGAGCCAGAUGCCGUUCAGGCAUAUGAACAGCUAAUGGCCUGCAUGGAUAAGACCAUAACUGUGGGAUAUACAGGCCUGCACGUGCAUGCUGAGCAUCCGUUUAUUGCUGCAUCCCCAGAUAGACUGGUAUUUGAGGGCAGUGACAUGGGGCUGCUAGAAGUUAAAUGCCCGUUUUCUUUCAAAGGAAAAAGUAUCGAAGAAGCUGCAGCUUCUCCAAAGUUUUGUUGUAGGGCAACAGGUAAUGAAAUUACAUUGAAAAGGGAGCACGAAUACUAUUACCAGUUGCAGGGCCAAAUGGCAGUGACAGGACUUAGCUGGUGCGACUUCGUUGUGUGGACUAAUGCAGCAUCCAUUGCAUCCUCCUUACACGUCGAAAGGAUUUUCUUUGAUGAGGCCAUGUGGUCUCAGGAAAUAUUGCCAGCACUACUGAAUUUCUAUAGGAAUGCUGUGCUAGCUGAGGAGCUGACCCAGCGAAUUAGAAGAGGGCUUCCCCUGUAUAGUUCUGCCAGGUAUGUUGGCACUGCCAAAAGGAAUCUGAAAACCUGCAGAAAGCAGGAGCCCCCUACUGCAAAAAUAUGUACACCACAAAGAGAAUGAAGUCAUUGUCAAGGAGGUGGGACAAAACAAUGGCCUGAUACGGAAGGGCGUAUGUGAGUCGGCUAAUUACGAAUGCGUGAACCAGGCUGAUGGUCUCUCCCUUAGUUAGGCCGUCUCUGCUUCUUGCCACUCUCCUUAUCAUUCUGGCCACGUUUCCUGUGACCGCCUUUAGUUUUUGUAGGGUGUGAGAUGUUCCAGCAUUCUGCUGUAUCCACAUCCCCAAUAUUCUGAGUGUCUCCACUUCACGAAUAGGCACCCCGUCGAGAGUCAAAGUGAGCGGCACCCAGUCCUUCUUUCUUGCGUACUUCGCACGCACCCGAAUGAAUUCUGAUUUUUCGGGUGCGCAUGCCAUGUCCGCCGCCCUCGCGUAUUCCACGACUGCGUCUAUGGCCUUUUGAAGGGUUUCUUGCUUGUCCCCGUAGGACCCCUGGUGAGCCCAGAACGUGAUAUCAUCGGCAUAUAUCGCACAACCGAGAUUCGGGUGCUUAUCUAGCUCCAGGGCUA